AUGGGAGGAGCCAUUAUCUCCCAGUGUGACUUUGACGAUAAUUCCAAACCCCUCUGUGACUGGUCCCAAGAGUUCACCGAUGAUGGGGACUGGAUCCGAGCCAGUGGUCCCUCCCCAUCUGGCACCACUGGGCCCCCUGGGGGGUACCCUAAUGGAGAGGGCUACUAUCUGCACAUGGAUUCCAACAACUUCCGUCAGGGUGGAGUGGCCCGCCUGCGCAGCCCUGACAUAUGGGAGCAAGGCCCGUUCUGUGUUCGCUUCGCCUACCACAUGUUCGGGCUGUCAUGGGGCUCCUGGCUCCGACUGCUGCUAUUCAUGGGCAAACAGAACAAUCGCCCCAAAUUGCUCUGGAAACACACAAAUACCCAGAGCCUUUCCUGGAUACCUACCUCCGUCACUGUGCCCGCAGGACUCAACCUGCCCAGCUGGCUGACGUUUGAGGGGAUGAGGGGCAACACUCCCUACUUGGACAUCUCCCUGGAUGCCCUCGCUAUCCAUCGGGGAACCUGCAAUAGGGAUGGCCUCUACAUGCUCCUGGACCCCAAAAAUGCAAGGCCGGGGCAGAAAUCUUCCCUCCUGAGUCCCCCGAGCCGCUCCAAUGGCUGUCUGACCCUUUCUUUCUACUAUAUCCUGCGGAACCGGUCUCCUGGAGCAGCCCUCCUGGUCUACGCUUCCACCUUGGGCAGCAUCCGGAAACACACUCUUUUUUCAGGACAACCUGGACCCAACUGGCAGCCUACUUCUCUCAAUUAUACAGGACCGGGACAGAUACAGUUUGCCCUGGUGGGUGUGUUUGGAAGGAUCCCAGAGCCAGCGGUAGCAGUGGAUGCAGUCAGCCUUGCUCCCUGUGGGGACAGCUUUCCUCAGUGCAACUUUGAAGACAGAGCCCAUCCCUUCUGUGACUGGACCCAUAAACCAGAAAGUGGCGGACAGUGGUCCUGGGGAAGUAGAACUAUUCUCAACAACAUCACAGGCCUUGUGGGUGAGUUCUCUUAUCAAGGGGAUCAUUUUAUCUACUUUGAGGUGGACAAGGUCUCCAAAGCAGGGCAGUCUGUCAAACUGACCAGCCGGCCCUUCUGUGCCCCCGGGGAUAUCUGCGUGGAAUUUUCUUACCACAUGAAUGGCCCUGGAGAGGGCAGUACACUCAUUCUCCUGCUGAGCAGCCCUGCUGGAAGUUCCCCUUCUUCUCUGUGGAACCGUGUUGGGCCCCAGAGCCCUAGCUGGCUCAAUGCUUCUACCACCAUCUCUUCAGGACACCAGCAGCCCAUGCAGCUGAUUUUUGAGGCCAUCCGGGGUAGCAACCCCGCUUUUAUUGUUGCUGUGGGUUUCAUCUUGAUCGGUCAAGGUUCUUGUCGAGUACCACUACCCCCUCUACUACCACUACCCUCACUACUCCUACUACCCCCACUACCCCUACUACCCUUUGUCAUCACUAUCGAGAUAACCACCCCCACAGAGCAAGUCACUGAUAUCACCGAGGAGAUCACCACCGCCACGGAGGAACCCACUGAGGAAAUCACCACUGCCACAGAGGAACCCACUGAAUUUGAGGAGACCACCUCGGCCACAGAGGAACCCGCUGAAACCACUGAGGAGAUCACUACCACAGAGGAACCCAUCGAAACCACCCCGGAGACCACUACCACCACCACAGAGGAACCCACUGAGACCACCCCGGAGACGACGACGACCACCACCACCACCACUACCACCACCACCACCACUACUACCACCACAGAGGAGCCCAUCAAAACCACCCCGGAGACCACCACCACCACCACAGAGGAACCCACUGAAGCUGCGGAGGAGACCACCGUAGAGGAACUUCCCGAAGCCACUGAGGAGACCCCCACCCCGGUGGAGGAACUCACUAAAACCACAGAAAAGCCCUCAGCUUGUACUGAAGAAUCCUGCCCUAGUACAUCGGACCUGCCCGCUGGGCCAACAGUCUUGGUGAAGCCUCUACACUUUCACAAGAGCACCACUUCCCCGACUACCACCACCACCUCUAUGACCACCACCACCACCACUACCACCACCACCACCACCCCCAAAACUACCAAAGUGAAGUGCUCCCCAAAUUCCCACUAUGAAUCCUGUGCCUGCCCUGCAUCCUGCAAGAACCCCAAACCCAACUGCAAUAUACUCUGCCAGCCAGGCUGUGUCUGCAAUCCUGGUUUUUUGUUUAAUGACAACAAAUGCAUCAAUGCCUCUUCCUGUGAUUGUGUCUACGGCAAAAGCUACUAUAAGUUUGGGCAAGAAUGGUUCAGCCCCAACUGCACAGAACGUUGCCAAUGCCUUGCUGGCAGCCAUAUGGAGUGCCAUAUCUCUGAGUGUGGAUCACACACAGUGUGCCAGCUGAAGGAUGGCGAGUAUGGAUGCCACCCCUAUGGCACUUCCACCUGCAUGGUCUAUGGUGACCCUCAUUAUGUCACCUUUGAUGAGAGGCACAUCAACUUCUCAGGCAAAUGCACCUAUGUCUUGACUCAGCCCUGCCGAAACUCCUCAAACACAUUCUUCAAAGUCUUAGCCAAGAAUGAGGAAUGGGGACCCAGAGGACUGACCUGCCUGAGCAAGGUUCAUGUGAUCCUGUCUGAGACUACCAUCACCCUGCUCAAGGGCAGACAAACACUGGUUAAGGGUCAGCGAGUCACCCUCCCAGUCAGACCUUCUAAAGGUGUCAUCAUACGUCCAAGUGGGCGGUUUGUGAAAGUGAAAACAGCAUUUGGUUUGCUUAUAAAGUGGGACGGCCACCAGCAGCUGUUUGUGACUAUGUCCAGUGUGUUCUCAGGCAAACUCUGUGGUUUCUGUGGAAACUUUGACGGGGACAGCAGCAAUGACAACCUGAAGCCAGAUGGUGAGCCAGCUGAAGACGAUGAGGAUCUGGGGAACAGCUGGCAGACCGAGCAGGAGUGCGAGGGUAUCGAGACACGUACCCCAACUUGUGGGCGAGCCUUGCAGAGCACUAUGUCAGGGUCCAAGUUCUGUGGCCAGCUUGUCAGCUCCAAAGGAGUGUUUGAGGAGUGCCAGCUUCACGUGAAGGUCUCUUCCUUCUUUGACAACUGCGUGAAUGACAUGUGCAACUUCCAGGGCUUCCAUCUCAUGCUUUGUAUCCAUCUUUCGUUCAUGACUGCAGCCUGCCAGCACGCUGGCUAUGCCGUGAAGCCCUGGAGGAAACCCCAGUUUUGCCCCCUGAUCUGUCCAGCCAAUAGCAGUUACUCUUUGUGUGCCGAUCCAUGCCCGGACACCUGCCAUUCGGGAUUCUCUGACAAGACCUGCCCAGACCACUGUGUGGAGGCCUGCGAGUGUAACCCGGGCUUCAUCCUCAGUGGCCUCGAGUGUGUCCCUCCAUCCCAGUGUGGGUGCCUUGAUGCUUCAGGAACCUACUUCAAACUAGGGGAACAGUGGUACAAACCAGGCUGCAAGGAGUUCUGUGUCUGUGAAAAGAACAACAAAAUUCACUGCCAGCCCUGGAAAUGUAAGGCCCAGGAGGCCUGUAUGCUGCAAGAUGGCACCUAUGGCUGCCGUGCCCGAGGGGCGGCCACCUGCAGUGCCUCAGGCGACCCCCACUACUUGACCUUUGACGGAGCUCUGCACAACUUCAUGGGCACCUGUGCCUACGUCAUGGUCCGCCCUUGCAAGGUCAGUUCCCGAGAGAACAACUUUCUUGUCACCACCACCAACGAGAUCCGCGAUGGGAACUUGGAGCUCUCCUACAUCAAGUCUGUCAACGUGCAGAUCUUUAACCUCAGAAUCUCACUGAUUAAAGGUCGAAGGGUCGUGGUGAAUGGCUUUCGGAUAUCCCUUCCCAUGUGGCCUCUGGCAGGCCAGGUGAUCGUUAGGCUCAGUGGCUCUUUUAUUUUGCUCUACACGAACUUUGGGCUUCAGGUUCGCUACGAUGGGAAGCACCUGGUGGAGGUGACAGUACCCUCCUCCUAUGCUGGCCAGCUCUGUGGGCUGUGUGGGAACUACAACAACAACAGCCUAGAUGACAACCUACGCCCAGAUAAGAAGCCCAUAGGCAGCUCGGUGUAUCUGGGGGCCUCCUGGAAGCACUCAGAUGACUCAGAACCCGGCUGCUUCCUGAGGGGUGGCAUAUCCUCCAACUGCCAAUAUAACAGCACGUCGGACAGCUGGAAUAAGAGCUGUGCCAUCUUGGUGGACCCUCAGGGGCCCUUCUCCAUGUGCCACGACGUGGUGCCCCCGCAGGCCAGCUUCUACAGUUGUGUGUAUGGCCAGUGUGGGACCAAGGGCAGCACUGUGGCCCUGUGCCACUCCCUGCAGGCCUAUGCGUCCCUGUGUGCUCUGGCUGGCCAUGCCCUUGCCUGGCGCAACAGCAGUUUCUGCCCUAUGCGGUGUCCUUCUGGCAGUCACUAUAACUACUGUACCAGCCCCUGCCCAGCCACCUGCCUUAGCCUGAGGAUCCCCAUGAAGUGCCCUUCUAUGCCCUGUGUGGAGGGUUGUGAGUGCCACGGAGACUUCAUCCUGAGUGGGACGUCCUGUGUGCCUCUCAGCCUGUGUGGCUGCACUGACUCAAAGGGCUUCUACCACACGUUGGGGGAGAGCUGGUACCUGGAGAACACCUGCACCACCCUCUGCACCUGCUCCGUCCAAAACAACAUUACCUGCCAGAAGACCACCUGCAAGUCCGAGCAGACCUGCAGAGCCCUGGAUGGGCUGUUUCGCUGCAGGGCCUCAGAUGUAGGCGUGUGCCGGGUCUCAGGGGGUUCCCAGUUUGUGAGCUUUGAUGGCGUUAGCCAUAAAGCCAUUGUGGACAUCUGCACUCAAGUCUUAGUCAAAGUGUGCCACCCCAACAUGAACCUACCUUUCUUCAAGAUCAGUGCCAAGAGUUAUAACCAACAAGACAGUACCAGUCCCAUCUCCUUCCCUGAGCUCUACAUCAACAUCUUCAAUUCUAAGAUCAUCCUGAAAAAGAAACACCAAGUGCUGAUCAAUGAUGCAACAGUUACACUUCCUGCCACAUCCCAGAUCCCUGGGGUCAGCAUCACUUCUAGUGGCACCAACACCCUCGUCGAUGUUGAUAAUGGACUACAAGUCCGUUUUGAUGGCAACCAGUUCUUAGAGAUCAAAGUCCCUGUAGCCUAUUAUGACAAGGUGUGCGGUGUGUGUGGCAACUUCAAUGGUGAGGUGGACGACGAGCACAUGAUGCCCAGUGAAGAGUUUGCCCAGAACAACUCUGAGUUCAUGAACAGCUGGAAGGACAAAGGCAUUGAGCAAACGCCGGAAAGCGAGGGCCACAAGGAGGAACACAGGACGGAAAGCGAGGGCCACAAGGAGGGCCACAGGACGGAAAGCGAGGGCCACAAGGAGGGCCACAGGACGGAAAGCCAGGGCCACAAGGAGGAACACAGGACGGAAAGCGAGGGCCACAAGGAGGGCCACAGGACGGAAAGCGAGGGCCACAAGGAGGGCCACAGGACGGAAAGCCAGGGCCACAAGGAGGAAUCCAAGGGCAAAGUGAAAGCCCUUUGCAAGCAAGUCGACUUCCAAACAGCCCAGAGAAAUUGCCAAGCAGCCCUUGAGGCCCCUGCCUGGGCCCAGUGUGCUGCCCGGGUGGACAUCCAGCCCUACCUGCAGCUCUGUAGGGACAAGUUCUGUGACUCUGGAAUCCUGACGGGAGCCCUCUGCCUGGUUUUCCGGGACUUUGGGGCCGCCUGCAAGACCCAGGGGCUCAAGCCCCCCAUCUGGAGGAACAGCAGCUUUUGCCCUCUGGAAUGCCCGGCCCAUUCCAGCUACAGUAACUGCCUUCCCUCCUGCCCAUCUUCCUGCUUGAACCCGGAUGGCCACUGCAAGAAUAGUAGAGGCCCUUCCAGCUGCGCUGAAGGUUGCCUCUGUCAGUCCGGCUAUGUGCUGAAUGGGGACAACUGUAUGCCCAAAAGUAGUUGUAGCUGCAAGGACGCCCAGGGUGGCACCAUUCCUAUAGGCAAGACCUGGAUCUCCACAGGCUGUACGCAGACUUGUUCCUGCGUAGGAGGAAGCAUUCGGUGCAAGACCUUCCGCUGUCCGGCUCAGUCUCACUGCCAACACAAGGAAGGAAUCAACAAUUGCGUCCCUGACAAAUCGGAUCAAUGCUCCGUCUACGGGGACCCCCAUUACCGCACAUUUGAUAGGUUCAGCUACCUCUUCCAGGGUCGCAUGACCUACAUCCUGGUAAAGACAGUGGACAAGCUCCCUGAAGGGCUGGAGAAGCUGGUUGUGGAGGGACGUAACAAGGUGGAUUCCUCGGCCCCGGGCCUGAUCUUCUUGCAUGAAGUGAUCACCUUCGUCUAUGGCUAUAAAGUCCAGUUCCAGGCUGGACUGACGCUUCUGGUCAACAACCAGAAGAUGGCCUACCCCUACAGUCCCAAUGAGCACCUGCAGGUCACCAUGCAGGGCCAGCGGCUCUUUCUGAUCACCGACUUUGAGCUGGUCGUCAGCUUGGGUGGUGGUGCAAGGAUCAACGCAGUGAUCACCCUGCCCAGCAUGUACCAGGGGCUGGUGCGUGGCAUGUGUGGGAACUAUGACGGGAACCGCACCAAUGAGUUCAUACUGCCGGAUGGCAGGCUCACCCAGAACCUCUAUGUCUUUGGCAACAGCUGGGAGGCAAAUGCGGAUGAGCCCCUCUCACGUUCCCCAAGGGCCAUAAGCAAGGAGGAAGAGAGACAACAAGCAGAUUCCAGCUCCCUAGGGUUGGCCUGCAGCUUGGAGCAGCUGGCACUCAUCAAUAGCACCCAGGCCUGUAGUGUACUGGUGGACCCCGAGGGUCCCUUUGCUGCCUGUCACCAGACUGUGGCCCCAGAGCCUUUCCAGGAGCACUGUGUGGUUGAUCUGUGUACAGCCCAGGACCCCAAUGACCAAGAGGAGCUGCGCUGCCAGGUUUUCAGCGGGUACGCCAUCACUUGUCAAGAGGCGGGCGCCAGCCUAACCAGCUGGCGGGACCACACCCGCUGUGCCAUGACAUGUCCAGCCAAUACCGUGUAUCAGAGCUGCAUGAUGCCCUGCCCGGUGUCCUGUGCCAACCUGGUGACCCUUGGGGACUGUGAGGGCCCCUGCGUGGAAGGCUGCGCCAACCUCCCAGGCUACGCCUAUAGUGGUGCCCAGAGCCUCCCGAUAGCUGACUGCGGCUGCACCAGAGACGGUGCCUAUUACCAGCUGGGUGACAGCUUUGUGACUGAGGAUUGCUCUGAGCGCUGUAUCUGUGCCAGCUCAGGGGUCCUGAUGUGUGAGCCCUUCGGCUGCAGCUCCGAGGAGAUCUGCACCCUAGGCAACUUCACCCGCGGCUGCUUUCGAGAAACUCCGUGUCUUCCGAACCCCUGUCAGAACGAUGGUCAGUGUCUGGAGCAGGGGGCCAGCUUCAUCUGUGAAUGUGAGGUCGGCUAUGGGGGAGCCCUGUGCACGGAGCCGCGGGACAUCCCUCCCCCUAAAAAGCCAGAAGCAUCCAACUUUGUGGCCAUCCUGCUGGGUAUGCUGGUGCCCGCGGUGGUCAUAGUGUCAGCAGCGAUCAGAGAGUGUGUUUACAGGAUGAGGAGGAGGAGGGAGAAAAUGAAGGACCAGAACAGAGGCCAGUUGGGGGACACAGGUGAGAGCCCACUCUGGGGCCAGCACCUGCACCUCCAGAGCUGAGUCCUCUUUGGAGGCCGGUUUUCUCCAUUUUCCUCAGUGUUCCUCAGGCUGCCUUCAGAGCCACUCGGUUCUGAGUUGUUGUCAGACGUGGACAUUAAAAAAAAAAUUAUUUUUGA